GAUAUUGAAAAGGCUGAUAAGCAUAGUGGACAGUCCCAGUCCACUCAAUAACUUCAGAGAGAGAGCGAGAAAGAGAAGAGUUCAUUGAGAAAGAGAGAGAGAGAGAGAGAGAGAGGUAGAGGCAAAGCCACAGAGGCACAAUUGGAUUCAGAGGAAGAGAAAGAAACGAAAGGAAGAAGUAUAAUAUUCUAGAAAGUAUGUGUGAGACCAAGUGGAGUGUUGUGGCUAACACACAGCUGCAGGUGCUGCUGCUGCUGCUGCUGCUAGGGAAAUGCAGAACUCUCUCUACUACUGCCACACAAAGCCCGAACAUUUGCUCCCAAAAAACUGUGCUGACAACGAGGACCCAGUGUCAUUCCUGCCUCUUAAGUAAUCUGUUGAAGUGCCCGACGGGCUACAGCAUAAGCCACGGGACACUGACAAGAGACUGCAAGAUCUCAUAUGGGAGCAGAAACGGCGAGUCCUUUGUCGGCUGUUCUAAAGAGUGCUUCAAGGAGCUCACCGUGAACAGCUGCUGUCCGGGCUACUGGGGGCCGGACUGCAUCGAGUGCCCAGAGGAAGCCAAGACGCCGUGCAGCAACAAUGGAGCCUGCUCCGACGGCAUGGGAGGGAACGGCACCUGCACUUGUAAGCCUGGCUUCUCUGGUACAGCCUGUGAGGACUGUGCAGAUCAUCUCUAUGGGGCCACCUGCAGCUCCGUUUGCAGGUGUGUGCAUGGCCUCUGUAACUCAGGUCUCCAUGGUGACGGGAAAUGCACCUGCUUCUCUGGGUAUAAAGGCCCUCACUGUGACCAGGCCCUGCCAGAGUGUGUUGCCAUGAGCUGCCCAGAGAACUCUCGCUGCAUCGAGGAGGCCCUCACGGGGGCGCUGGUGUGCCGCUGCAUGCCGGGCUACCAGAAGUCUGGAGACAAGUGUACAUCUAUAAACCCCUGCCUGCAGUCACGGGUGUGCCACCAGUUUGCCACCUGUGCCCACCUGGGACCCAACCAGCACUCGUGCACGUGUGGGCAGGGCUACAGCGGGGACGGGGUGGUGUGCGUGCCCAUCGACCCCUGCCAGACUGACAUGGGGGGCUGCUCUGCUGACAGGAUGGAACGCUGUGUGUUCGAUGGGCCGGGGAAGUCUCAUUGUGAUUGCCAGGAAGGGUUCGGACUACGGCCUGGAAUUACGGGCUGCGUUGUCAAAGACCUAUGCAAAGCAGACUCCUGUGAUAAGAAUGCCAAAUGCACGACUGCAACGCCGGGAGAGGUGACCUGCACGUGUCUGGAGGGUUUCCUGGGCAACGGCAAGAUUUGUUUUGGCAACAUCAUGCAGCGCCUGAACGAGCUGAACACCGAACCUGGCGGCCAAUGGGUUGGUCAGCUGGGAUCGGCCAUCACUCUCUUCGGGACACUCGCUUGGCCCCUGAGCAACCUCGGGCCCUUCACUCUGUUCGUCCCCAUAAACAAAGGGUUCAAGACAGGACAGGCGAGAAGCCUGGUGAGUGACAAGGACAAGACCAAGUACCUGUGUAACCUGCACCUGGUAGCAGGGGAGCUGAAUUCGGAGAAACUGAAGCAGGGAGACACCUACUACACCCUCACUGGCAAAGGGGGCGAGGCCACCAUUGGCGAGGAUAAGCAGCUCAAGAUCCGUCUCUAUGGCAGCCGGAAGAAGGCGGACGUGGUCCAGGCCGACAUCCCAGCAGCCAACGGGGUCAUCCACCUCAUCAACAAGCUGAUGGACAGCGUCGCGCCCACAGUGACGAGCGAGAAGGAGGAGGACCUGAUGAAGGUUCUAUCCGACAACGGGAAAUUUGCCCAAUUCAAGGGUUUACUGCAGAAAGCCAACCUGGCGCUGAUGCUGGAGGAGCCGGGUCCGUUCACCCUGUUCGCCCCCACCGGCGCCGCCUUUGACGCCAUGAAGGACGGUUACCUGCAGUACCUCAUCUCCAGCAAGGGCUCCAUCAAGCUUCUGGAGCUUCUGAGGAACCAUGUGGUUUCCUCUGAGCUGGAGGUGUACAACGUCGUGUCCAAACCUCAAUUUGUGACCAAGGCCAAUCAGCUUCUCACGAUCAACGUGACCGAAAAUGGAAAUGUCUUGGUGAACGGCGCGGCGGUCGUCCUGGAGGCGGACGUGCGGGCCAAGAACGGACGCCUCUAUUCGCUGGACGGGGUCCUGAUCCCGCCCUCCAUCGAGCCCCUGCUGCCCCACAGGUGUGACGUCACAGAGAACAACAUCGUCAAGGGUGCUUGUGUCAGCUGUUUCAAAGUGGCCAAAACCCCCUGCCCCUCGGGCGAGUCUAUGGAUGCCUUCAAACGAGGUUGCGUGUUCCGGGACACUUCUUUAGGGAUGAGCAUCCCCACUUUGGGCUGUGCCCCCUUGUGCAACGCGACCGUCACGAUCCCCAGGUGCUGUCAGGGCUUCUAUGGCCCAGACUGCAGCCCUUGUCCUGGGGGGUUCACCGUGCCUUGCUCUGGUCACGGCCUGUGCAUGGACGGGACGGAGGGGAACGGCACCUGCGCGUGCGAGCCCAACUUCAAAGGCUCUCGGUGCCAGUUCUGCUCCGACCUCGACAGCUACGGAGCAGGCUGCGACAAAAAGUGUGACUGCAUCCACGGGGAGUGCGAUAACAGGGUGGAGGCCGACGGGCGCUGUAAGUCCCACUCCUGCCAGAAGGGCUACACGGGCAAGUACUGCGAGCGCCACACCCAGGCCUGCGGCACGCUGGUGCAGUUCUGCCACGCCCACGCCGAGUGCGAUUUCAACGGCGGCGCCGUCAAGUGUGUGUGCAAGCCUGGCUACCAGGGGGACGGCGUCACGUGUUUGGAGGCGGACCCGUGUGCUCUGCCGCAUCGGGGAGGCUGCAGUGAAAAUGCUAAAUGUGUCAAGACAGGACCUAAGACAAACACAUGCCAGUGCAUGACAGGCUGGAUGGCGGACGGGGACCAGUGCCAGGCCGUCAACCCUUGCCUGCUCCCAGAGAGGGGCAACUGCCAAGCCGACGCCACCUGCAUAUACGUGGGGCCGGGUCAGAGCGAGUGUGUGUGCAAGGACGGUUUCCUUGGGAACGGGAGGGAGUGCGAGGCCAUCAAUCCGUGUGUGACCGAAAACGGCGCUUGUCAUUUCCUGGCCAGUUGCCUUCAGCUGUCGGGCGCGUGGACCUGCGUGUGUGAUGCCGGGUGGAAGGGAGACGGCAAAGUGUGCUAUGGUAACUUGGAACAGGAGUUGAGAUCCAUGCCUGGCAUCACCAACUUCUUCCGAAUCGUGUCGGAUGGACACAUUUCCCAGAUGAUGAUCUACCAGAACAUGACUGUUCUAGUGCCUUCCACGGAAGCCGUGGGUAAGAUGACCGCGGAUGAACGAUCCUACUGGACAGCAAAGGACAACCUUCCUAGCCUGGUCAGGAAUCACAUGAUCGACGGGAUCUACCCACUAACCGAUUUGCGCAAUAUCUCCCGUGCGCGAAUCACAAAUCUUCUGAAGGCGCCUCUUCCUAUCUCAACCACCAAUGAGACCACAGUGAUUGCAGGAGCGACAGUAACAAGGGCUAACGUGAUGGCGUCCAAUGGAUUGAUCCAUAUCAUCGAUAAGGUGUUGAUUCCGGGGAAGGAUUUAAGUGAAGGACUUGUUGCUGUGCUCAACCGGAGACCAGAGUUCUCUCUGUUCAGUUCUUACAUCAUCCAACACAACCUGACCGACAAGAUCGCAGAAGGUUUCGAGUACACAGUGUUUGCCCCGACCAACGAUGCCAUCAAAGAAUACCUCAAGAAGACGGCAUCCCAGUCUAUGGAUCUCAACCUGACCCAGUAUCACAUAGUGCCCAACCAGAGGCUGCUGAGGUCUGACCUUCAGGAAGGUGCCUACAAAGACACCAUGCUGGGCUUCUCCUACCAGCUGGAGAUCCUGCCCAAAGACGGAAAGCUGUAUGUGAAUGAGGCCCUGCUGAAUGCGUCGGACGUCGACACCGUCAAGGGGGUCAUCCACGGUCUCACCUCAGUCCUGGAGAUCCGAUUGAACCGCUGCGAUAAGGAGCGCUUCAGAAUAGUCAUGGGAACCUGUCAAGAUUGCUUCCACCCAUUGAAAAAGAUAUGCGAGGAAGGAGCACAACCUGUGUCGAAUGUGCCCAGGAAGUGUAUGUUCAGUCGGCUGUACCAGGGCGAGAGGCUACUCGGGAUUGGGUGCAGAGGCACCUGCAAGAUUACCACCAUUGUGCGGAAGUGCUGCGGUGGCUACUUUGGCGAGCACUGUGAGCCUUGUCCUGGGCCCAAGGGCGAGCCCUGCUUUGGGAAUGGGGUGUGUGUGGAUGGCACCAACGGAACCGGAGUGUGCCAGUGUGGCAAGGGCUUCAGGGGAACCGGCUGUGAAACUUGCCAAGCCGGCAAAUACGGCAUUCACUGUGACCAAGACUGUGUGUGCAGGAAUGGCCGGUGCAACGAUGGUCUGAACGGGAGCGGGUCGUGCGAGUGUGACGUGGGGUGGAGAGGAGUCACCUGUGAUGAAAAGAUCACCUCCAAAGCCGAUGAGAUGUGCAACACCAUCAAGUGCCACACCAGCGCAAAUUGUGACAUCAACCCGGAUGGCUACAAGUGUGUAUGCGCUGCAGGCUUUGAGGGCAACGGAACUUACUGUCAAGCCAAAGAUGCUUGCGCAGCAAACAAUGGCGGUUGCAGUCUCGACGCCAAAUGUAAGAGGACCCUGCCUGGACGCAGGGACUGUGUGUGUAUCCCUGGGUACUCAGGGGACGGGCUGGUUUGUGUUGAGAUCAACCCUUGCCUGGAGGGUCACGGAGGAUGCCAUGGCAACGCUGACUGUAUCCACACAGGACCUAACAGAACAUCUUGCGUUUGCAGCCAAGGCUACUCCGGAACUGGCAAGACGUGUACCAUGAUCGACCUCUGUCGAAAGAAUAAGGGCGGGUGCCACCGCUACGCCAUCUGUAACAUGACCAGUCCUGGUGUUCGCAAAUGCACCUGCUCGUCCGGUUACAUCGGGGACGGCCUGACCUGCAAAGGCACUGUGUGGAGGGAACUGCAGAUCAGGAAGUUGAGGGACUUCUACAUGGGAAUGAUGAUGGUCGACUUGUCCCUGCGAGGGAGGGGCCCGUUCACCGUCUUCGCUCCGGACGCAGAGGCCUUCGGAAAAGUCAGCAAGGAGAUGAAACGGAUGAUUGGGAUGAGUAACACCAGACCUUCCACGAGAGAGAAGUACGCCGACAUCCUGCGCUACCACGUGGUGUCCUGCAACGCUCUGUCGGCCUCCGACCUGACCACGCCCAGGAACCUCACCACCCUCAUGGGGGACGUCCUCCGCAUCUCCUCCCUCAAGGGCUCCAUCUUGAUCAACGACGUGGCCAACGUGACCUUCAGUGACGACGCCAGCAGCAAUGGAGUCAUCCACGUGAUCGACACUGUCCUGGUCCCUAAAAGAAUAUCCCUGACCGAGGACGCGUCACUGAGCCCCAUCAAGUUUACUUCGAAGGGAACUCCUUCGUCCAACCUGUCGGAUGUGGCAAACGGCUACGGUUAUAAAACCUUCUACAAGCUUCUGGAGGACACCGAGGUGUUGUCCUUGAUGCAGGACGCGCAGCACAAGCCGGUGACGGUCCUGCUGCCGUCCGAUGCCACCAUGGCCGCCCUCUCGCAGGACCAGAAGGACUUCCUGUACAACCAGCACAACCGGCCCCACCUGCUGGAGUACCUGAAACACCACAUCGUCCCCCGCAGCAUGGUGUUAGCAGCAGAGCUGCCUCACCUGGAGGCCACCCGCACCCUCCAGGGCUCGGAGCUCUCGUUCGCCUGCGGAGGGAUCGACCGCAUCGGUGAAAUCUUCCUCAACGGCGGCAGCUGCCGCAUCAUCCAGAGGCACCUUCUCUUCAACGGGGGCGUGGCCUAUGGGAUCGACUGCCUGCUGGCUCCUCCCAGUCUAGGGGGGCGCUGCGACACAAAGACCGGAGUAGACAUUACAACGCCAUGCGCAUGGUGCGCCUUCGCCAAAAAACUCUGUCCGGAAGGAUCCGUAGAAAAGGGGCAGAAGGCAUGUGACCUUCCGAUGCAGUUUGUGGAGAAGAACACAGGAUGCCAGUCCACCUGCACCAUCACCCUGUGGAGCCCCCAGUGCUGUGCAGGCUACUACGGGCGAGACUGCCUGCCCUGUCCUGGAGGAGCCAGGUCCCCCUGCGAGGGACACGGCAAGUGUGACGCCGGUCACCUCGGCAACGGGAACUGCACGUGCGACCCGGGCUUCCGGGGCACGGCCUGCGAGCGAUGCCUCGACGGGCACUUUGGGACGCAAUGCAAAGCGUGUAACUGCUCGGAGCACGGGGCGUGUGAGGAGGGUCUUAAAGGGACCGGCGCCUGUUUCUGCGACCAGGGAUGGAGCGGACAGCACUGUGAGACACAACUAGCUGAGGGCCCUGUCUGCUCCCCUGUCUGCUCCCCCAGUGGCGUGUGCACGGACAACAACACAUGCGUGUGCAAACCGUUCUACGAGGGAGACGGCUACUACUGCACACUGGCCGACAUGUGCGCCACCUGGAACGGAGGCUGUGCCCCGGGGGCCAAGUGCAGCCAGCAGGGGGAGACGGUGAGCUGCGCCUGCCCCAAAGGCCACUCCGGAGACGGCUUCUCCUGCCAGCCCGUGGACCCCUGCGCCUCCGGAGAGAACGGGGGGUGCCAUGAGCACGCCACCUGCACCAUGACGGGCCCGGGAAAGAAAAAGUGCGCGUGCAAGGACGACUACCUCGGCGACGGGCUGACCUGUGAGCCGAAGGAGGCGCUGCUGGACCGCUGCGCCGCGGAGAAUGGCCAGUGCCACCCGGACGCCGAGUGCACCGACCUCCACUUUGAGGAUAGCACUGUUGGCGUAUUCCACUACCGCUCGCCGAAGGGCCAGUACAAGCUGAACUACACCCAAGCCCAGGAGGCCUGCGCUGAAAAAGGCGCCACAGUUGCCACCUACACCCAGCUCUCCUAUGCACAGCAGGCUGGCUACAACCUGUGUGCAGCAGGCUGGCUGGACCAGGCCAGAGUGUCCUACCCCACCACCUACUCCAACCCCAACUGUGGAUUCGGUCACGUGGGCAUUGUAGACUACGGCAAGCGCAACAACCUCAGUGAGACCUGGGACACCUUCUGCUACAGGGUCAAAGAGGUGACAUGCGAGUGUAAACCAGGCUAUGCAGGAGAUGGAUUCUUCUGUGUGGGGAACCUCAUGCAGGUCCUCAGCACCAGGCCCAUGUUCUCCAACUUCCUGUCGCAAAUCCUGAACUACUCCCAGGUCGCCGAGUCAGGGAGAGAGUUUGUGAAGCGACUGAGCAACCUGACCAUUCAAUCCACUCUGUUUGUCCCGGCGAACGAUGGCCUAUACGUGAACCAGACAUUGACCCACAGGGACAUUGAGUACCAUCUAUCGGAGGGUCGUGCGCUGGCCCUGAAGGACCUUACCAACGGCAGCCACAUUCACACACACCUGGGCCACAGCCUCACCGUUCUGGGCAUCACUGACUUCCUCAACCCCACCAUCCUGUCCUCCCGGUACAUCAACGACCGAUUCAUCAUAGACUCCAACAUCCCAGCAUCCAAUGGGAUCAUCCACGUGCUCCAGGGACCCCUGAUAGCCCCGCCUCCUAAGCCCACGCUCCCUGUAGGUCACAAGGCGGGGGUGGGAAUUGGAGUUGUGCUGCUCGUCAUGGUCGUGAUUGGGGUCGGCUUCGUGGGCUAUCACUUUUACACCCACAAAACCAAACCCUUCCAAUUCCACUACUUCAAGGAUAAUGAGGAUGAGGACUCCACGGCCCCAGACUGUAACCCCAGCAUCUGUAACCCCAUGUACGUCUCGGCCCCUGACCUCACUGACCUCACCUCCUCUGACCUGCCUGAGGACAAGCACCAGGUGGUUGACAGCGGUCCCUAUGACCUACUCCAGGCCAGCUGAGACCCACGCUGUUGCCUGUCGUAGCACACCACCACCACACGGGGGCAGUAUGGUCUCCAACCCAAUCCUGACAAGUUCCUGUACAUAAUUGAUUAGAGGGCUAUAUGCUAUUUGUUAAAUCCUUUACAGAUCAAAGUGUUACUAUUAUAAAUACAUGUAAAUGUGUGAAUAUGCUGCCUUCAAAAAGAUAACAGAAUGUUUUCAUAUCUUUAUUGUACGAAAUGAGCAGGUCAGUUUUUACCGUGACAAAAUAAAGCAAAGAAACAAUAUUUGGCA